AUGAUGGAAACGAGACGUCUCAUGGUCGGCAUAGGACCGCGACAGAGGGAGCCAACCGAGUGGGACAUGGGGAAUUGCAAUCCAAUCGGCGUCCGCGGUGGCGGGCACGACGCUUUGCGGAAGUUGCACGCCGAGUUCAACGGGCGGUUCGGAGAUGCGCGGUUGCACAUUGCGUCGCUCCAGGCCUACGUUACCAGCUGCCAUGGUCAUUUCUUUGCCGUCACGUACAUGGGCAGUGGUAGCCGUUGGGAGGUUUCUAAUGUUCGAAACAUUGUCAAGGAUGCGAACCCCGGAACGGGCGGAUCAUGCAGACUCGUGCUCUUUCGGGAGAGUAUGAUUCGCUACAUGUUCGGAGUGGGCGACGGCGGGUUUGAGUGGAGGGUGGAUAGACGCGACUGCUAG